GUUCCCGGAAGAAAGUGACGGCCUGCACAUGCGCUGUUGGGAAACAUGGCGGAAUUGGAAAUCGGGCAGCAUUGCGGGGUUGAAGAGUGUAAACAGCUCGAUUUCCUCCCUUUUGUCUGUGAUGGCUGCUCAGGAGUUUUCUGUAUUCAACACAGAAGUCGAUCUGCUCAUAGUUGUUCUGAGGCAAAUCUAAAAAACAAAAAUAUGAAACUGGAUUAUCACAAAUCAUUUUCAUGCAUGUAUAAAGGUUGUGAUGGAAGAGAACUUGUACCCGUCUUAUGUGCUUACUGUGAAAAACAGUUUUGCUUAAGGCACCGUCAUCAGUCAGAUCAUGAGUGUGAGAAACUGGAAAUCCCUCAAGCUCGUAUGACUGUCACUCGGCAACUGAUUAAAGAUAUUGUAGAUUCUAAAAAAGAAGCCACUGUGAUUAAAAAAUGCAGAGGAGCCAAGAAUCCUGAAACAGCUGCAAAAGUGGCCCUGAUGAAACUGAAAAUGCACGCAUGCGGGGAGAAAUCUGUUCCACAGACAGAUAGAAUCUAUUUCCAAGUAUUUUUACCCAAAGGAAGUAAAAACAAAAGUAUACCCAUGUACUUUUGCAGCAAAUGGAGCAUUGGCAAAGUGAUAGAUUCUGCAGCCCGUUUAGCAAGCCUUAAAAAUGACAACAACAUAACCACAGCCAAGAAAUUAAGACUUUGCCACACAGCAUCUGGAGAAGCCCUGCCUUUGGAUCACAUAGUAGGAUUUUGGAUAAACUCUAAAGAAUUGCCGCUGUAUAAUGGUGGAAAUGUAAUUCUGGAAUAUCUUGAUAAUGAUGUUGAAUUUUUAGCAGAUGCAGAUUCUUAUCUAUAGUAAUUACGGAAAAUAUUGCUUUUGUAAUUAUUGUAUCAGACUGAACACAAGAGAAAAAAUUCUAUUUUGCUAGCUCUGUGGUACAAGAGUGAUUUUCCCUGAGAAACAGGAAUUCAGUUUAAAAAGGAAUCUGUAUUUAGUCUGUUAUUUUCCUAAGUGGGCAAAUACAUUUGUCAUACAUGUCGUCCCAUGUAUUGAAAAUUGACUUCAGAUUGACAGCUACUCAACUGAAAAGUAUCUGUGGUGCUUAAUCUGUGCAUCUAUGCUGCUGCAUAUAAUAACCUAAAUGUAGAUUAUUAUAAACUUAGUAUCCAAAUACA